AUGUCAGCGGACCGCAAUGUAUUCACAGCUUCUCAAGAGUCAUCCGCUGCUCGUGUGCCAGACAAUGCUUCUGCUUCGCCGAACGUAGAGCAUGAAUCUGCCACGGUGAUUAAAGCCCAUAACUCAGUGCCUGUAAAGAAUCGCCACGACACCGGGUCCGACGCAAGCGCAAAUGCAUCCAAGUCCCUGUCACCCAGCGUCCGAGACUUCAACUUUGAGAACAAGCGCCGCUAUCACAAGUUCAAGGAGGGCCGAUAUUUGCUCCCUAAUGACGACGAAGAACAAGAACGAGAGGAUAUGAAGCAUGCCAUGGUUCUUCAUGUUUGUGACGGAGCCUUGCACAACGCUCCUCUCAAACGUCCUCAGAAAAUUCUCGACAUCGGCACCGGCACCGGCAUAUGGGCCAUCGAUAUGGGUGACGAAUACCCGGAAGCCGAGAUUAUUGGCCUGGACCUGAGCCCUAUCCAACCGCCAUUUGUCCCGCCCAACGUGCAUUUCAUCGUUGACGAUGUUGAAGCGGAAUGGCUCUACCCAGAAGAUUCGAUCGACUACAUCCAUGUAAGAAACAUGGCACCGGCAAUCAAAGACUGGCCGAAGCUGCUGGACCAGGCAUAUAACUCUCUCAAACCCGGUGGCUGGAUAGAGCUCCAAGACAUGCUGUUUUCGUUCGAUUGCGACGACGGUACAGUCGGCCCGGACUACACGCCUAGGAAGGUGAUGGGAUUUCUCAAAGAAGCGCUCGAGAAAUUCGGGGUGGAUAUCAACGCUGCCGGGAAAUUCCCCGAGCGCGUUGAGGCAGCGGGAUUCGUGAACCAAAUUCACGAUGUCAGAAAAGUGCCAGUGGGGACCUGGCCAAAGGAUCCCCACUACAGGAAGGUAGGCAACUACUGUCAUGCUGUCAACUACGACGCUCUAGGGUCGGUCACCAACGUGCCGUUCACAAAGGGAUUGGGCUGGUCCUCUGUGGAGGUCGAGGUAUUCCUGAUCCAAGUGCGGAAGGAUCUGUUGAACGACUCAUUCCAUGCGUACAACUACUACCACUCUUACUCGGCCCAGAAGCCUUUGGAAGAGAAGACGGACGACUGA